UUUGUUCUGGUAGAGUCUGCUGGCUCCUGAGACCUUUGAACUGAAGAUGCUAUGAUUGUUUUUACAGGGAGGUGUUUAAAGCACGCCAUCGCCAGACAGGCAAAAAAGUGGCUUUGAAGAAAGUCCUGAUGGAAAAUGAAAAGGAAGGGUUUCCCAUCACAGCCCUGCGAGAGAUAAAAAUUCUACAACUGCUGAAACAUGAAAAUGUAGUGAAUCUUAUUGAGAUCUGCCGCACUAAAGCUACACAGUAUAACCGCUACAAAGGCAGCAUCUACUUGGUAUUUGACUUCUGUGAGCAUGACCUUGCUGGAUUGCUCAGUAAUGCUAAUGUGAAGUUCACAUUGGCAGAAAUCAAGAAGGUAAUGCAGAUGUUGCUGAAUGGACUCUACUACAUUCAUCGAAACAAGGUAAGCAAGGUAAAACUGAGCAACUUCAGUUGGUUUGAAUUGUCUUUUGCUGGUUUGGUGCAUUUUGGUAAUCUCUCCAUCUUGGCCAUAGUUAAAUGGUUAGCUGAACACUGUCAAGGUAAAUGUUUUAUCUUGUUUUGCUUGCAUCUUAUUACUUAAAAGGAAUUUGAGUUCUCAUAAAUGGGGAUUAUUUUAAAACCAGAGUACUGCUUUCUAAUACUGGCAAUAUAGACUAUUCUGUACAUUUUUAGAUGUAAGGUACUUUGUGAUAUCCUGAGGCUGUGAAUGGUGCUAUACAAAUGUAAGGUAGUCUUUUUUAUAACUGUGACUGGCACCUUGUGGGCAAAAUUAUGAA